AUGUAUCACACACUGGCUCGCUCAGUGCUCGCUGCAUUGACAUUCUGCUCUCUCACACCCAGCACAUCAGCACAGACUUACUCGUCAUGUAACCCUCUCCAGCAAAGUGGUUGUCCUGCAGACCCUGCUCUCGGCAGGACGGUCGACAUUGACUUCACAGCAGGCUCCUCGAGCGAGUUCACCGCGUCAGGGGCUGUCAGCUACACUUCCGACGGCGCUGCGUUCACGAUCUCCCAACAUGGCGACGCUCCUACCCUCUCUUCGAAUUGGUACAUAAUGUUCGGCCAUGUCGACUACGUGGUGAAAGCUGCUCCAGGGACAGGAAUAGUCAGCGCUGCUAUCUUGCAGUCUGACUGCCUCGACGAGAUCGACUGGGAGUGGAUCGGUGGGGAUGAUACGCAGGCCCAGAGCAAUUAUUUUGGCAAGGGCAUCACCACAACUGGGUACAACAGAGGGGCAUUUCAUGGAGCACCGAACAACCAUGACGAGUUCCACACCUACAGCAUCGAUUGGACGGCCGACCAGAUUGUCUGGUCAAUCGACGGCACCACCGUUCGAGCAAUGACCCCGGACCAAGCUGAAGCUGGCCAGUAUCCCCAGACCCCAAUGUACGUCAAAUUGGGGGCUUGGGCUGGCGGCGACCCAUCCAAUCCGGAAGGCACAAUUCAGUGGGCUGGAGGAGUUACUGACUACUCUGAUGGGCCUUUCACCAUGUAUGUGAAGUCUGUCCACGUCACGGACUACUCAACCGGGUCACAAUAUUCCUACAGUGGUACCAGCGGCACGUGGCAAUCCAUCCUUUCCAGCGGAGGCCAAAUCAACGGCCAAGGAGACGGGACACCCGCCUCAUCUGGCACAGCACCUGCCAUUACCUCGUCCGUGCCUAACAGUGCUCCCCUCGCCUUUGGGAACGGCGGCGACACCUCUUCUGUGUAUGCGACACGAACGGGGUGGCCGUGGUCUGGAACGGCCACCGCCACAGCAGUGUCUGUGUCGACGUCCCCCUCCCCUUGUUCGUCCUCAUCAGCAGUCUCCUCAUCGGCCUCGGCCUCGGCUUCGCUUGAAGUUGUGACUUCGUAUAACGAGCAAGGAUUCCCAACCCUGAUCACCAUCAACCCUGCGGCACCAACCACACCGAAGAGCUACGACAGUCAAGGGUUUCCCAUUACCAGCACCAAUCCGAUUUCCGAGUCGACAUCUCCCCCUGCGACGGCACCAGGAUCAUCAAUCACAGGCACAACCGGUUCUGCAUCGGUGAGCUCAGAAUCCACCCUUUCUUCGACCUCGGCCUCAGGGCUAUCCGAGAGCCCGAGCUCCGCAUCUUCAGCUCCACAGAGCCCAAGUGCUACGGCAUCGGGGGCUCCUGAGACCACGAACACAUCGCUCACCGCAGUGUCGACCUCAACACCCCUCAGUGCGAUCUCCUCCUCGGUGUUGGGUUCUGCAUCCGCCUCAGGCCCUGCGACGGCGUCAACAACUGUUUCCACCGGAGCGGAGACAAUAACCACGACCGCUGGGAUCACAGACCACCCUUUCGAACGGUGGGACUGUCGUCGGGACUGGAUUUACAAGCAGCACAUCCAAAUCCAGCUCAGCUUCAUCUACUGCGUCAUCCUCUUCCACCAAUCGGGUUUCCUCGAUCUCCAGCAGAACUUCAUCGACGACCAGUUCAGGCAGCUCAUCCACCGAAACCAGGACCACAACCAGUAUGGUAAGCUCACGCCACAGUUCAAUCUUGACAACAUCGAGUCAAGUGUUGAGUAG